AUGUUGGAGCAAUGUAAGAAUAAGAUCAAAACUUUGCAAGAAAAACAACAAAAUGCAAAUGAGAAUUUGAUAAAUGUUGAUAAAGAGGAUGAUCCAAGAAUAAAAGAAUUGCAUGAGAAAAUUGCAAAAAUCGAGGAUGGUUGGACAAAAAGAAUGAAUGAUGUAAGUUACUAUAUUAAUUUGAAAAAAAAUGAACAAUUUAUGACUUAUGGAGAACUCAAAUUUAAAUUUUUCUCUGACGCAAGUCUGAAGUUAAUCUUAAAUUGAGUUGUAUAUUUUUAUUGACAAGAAUUUCCACGGAGAAGUUUGGAACUUCCUGGUCCCCCUUUCGAAAUCCCACAUUUUCUCAAAUAUUAAAAAUAAUGUUUCAGAGUGAUCAACAACAUGUUAUAACUUUGGCUACAACAAAAGCUGAAAUGCACGCUGCUCUCGAAUCUAAAGAUUCUGAAAUUGAACAAUGGAGAAGAAAAUGUGGAAUUCUAGAACAACAAGAUUCAGAUGCGAAUCAAAGAUGGAGUGAAAAAGUUGACAAAUUGCAAGAAAUGAAUAAAGCAUUGGAAAGUGAGAAAAAUGAAAUGAUUCAAAAAUUGUCAGAAGCCAAGCAACAAGGAGUUAAAGUGAGAGUUUUCGGAAUAUAUUUAAUUAGUAUUUAAAAUUUUCAGGCAAUUCUUGAGGAAGAAGAACGAAAGAGAAAUGAAUUGGAAACGAGUUUGAAUGAAAAAGAGAAUCAAUUGAUUGAGGAAAUGGAAAAAUUGAAGGAGGAAAAUGAGCAAAUGAAUUUGGAAUUACAUAAAUAUGUGGGUUUUUUGAAAAAGAUUCAGGGAGAAAACAUACUUGAGAAUAUUUUUGCAACUUUUUUCUAAAAAAAAUUUUGUGGCAAGAUAAUAGAGACAAAAUGUACUUCAAUCAAAAUUUUGAUCAGAAAUGUUUUAGACCAUUUUUUCAGCUAUGGUCGCGGUUUUCAAAAGUUUUGCUCUAGAUUUUGAUCGUUGGAGCCGCGCCUUGAGAGCUUUAAUCAAACUUUUGAAAAUCCGAAAAUUCCCGGCCACAGUUCCAGCUUUUGAAUUAAAACUCAAACUCCAUAAUUUUCAGAAAGUUCAACUCGAAGCUUCAACAAAUUUCGAUGAAAAACAAGAAGAUAUUGAAUUGGUUUGUAUCUUUUCCCCUCUACAACCUUAUCAUUUUCCAAAUUUUUCAGAUAAGAAAUGAGCUUCAAAGAAAGUUGACAGAAUCAGUGGCAACUUUUGAAUUAUAUCAAAUAGAAGCUGAAAAAUCAUUGCAAAUUGUCAAAGAUCAGUGAGUUUGUUUCUGUUGAUUUCAAAGUUUCUUUUGGGGGUAUUUAUAAUUAUGCACAAAUCGAAAUCUUGCAUGCAUACUAUCCAAACAAAUCCCUCAUGCUUUUUUUUUAAAUAUUGUAUUUUCUAUACUUCUAUUUCAAUCAAAUAUCAUUUUUUUGCUCUAUUUGUAUCUUUUUAUUAUUUCAUGCUGUUUUUUAUGUGGAAAUUGUGUUCAGAUUGCAACAAACACGUGUCGAAAGUGAUUUGUGGCGCGAAAAAUAUGAAGAAAAAUCAGUGGGAAUGGAUGAGAUUUCGAAUUUCGAGUUUGAAAAUUCGGAAGAUGGCGCCAAAAUUCGAGAAGAAUUGAGCAGAUUGGCAGAAGAAGCUAGAUCUGUGUAUGUUUUGCAAAUUUUGAACAAACAAUUUUGUAAAAUAUUUUCAAAAUGCACAAGCGUGUAACCCAACUAACAAAAACAUAACCUAAAUUGAUUUCAUUUAAAAUUUUGUGAUUCUUUUCCAUUGCUUACUGUCGCUUUUUUUGUAGUGAUGUUUGUUUUCUUAUUAAAAUGCCCUAUUGUUGGAGCCAAAACUAACAAAUUUAGAAAAUAUCGCUUCAAAGCCCAAAAAUCUCCAAUUUUUGUUUCAAAAUAUUCAAAUGUUCCCUGAAUAUUACUAUUCCUAAAUUUAAAAUAAUUGAAAACAUAAUUGAUUUUUGUGUGCUUCCAACUCUUUUCUUCUCUUUUUGCUUCUUCUCCAAUUACAUUUCCUUUUUUCGAAAUCCAAACGGAUUAUAAUUAGAUUUUGAGACUAACAACAAAAAUGUGAAAAAUGAGAUGCUGUUUUCAUUCUCUCCGGUUUCUAAAACGAGUACAAAUAUUCUGCCAAAAUUCAAAAUACAUUUUUUCAAUUGAAUAUAUUAGCUCAAUUUUUUAUUCCAGUUGUUUUUCCUUCACUUUUUUUGUGUCCAUCACAUGUUUAUUUUCUCCAGAAGAGAAUUCUGAUGAAAAAAAGAAGAGAAGAGCUUACGGAAUGUCUUUUUCUUUCCUUUUUCGUCUUUUUUUCUCUUUUCUAUUUUUUUCGUAUUUUUCUGAAAGCUUAAAGUUGCAUGUUGUAUGUUUUUUGCACCUAAAAAUCACCUUAAACAAUUUUAUAAUGAAAAAAAAAUCAAAUUUCAUAUACUCUAAUCUCUAAUCUCAGCAUAUAAAUUAAUUUCAGACUUGAAAUUGAAAAAUCGAAAUGUGAAGAAUUGCUGAAAGAAAAAGAAGAAAUGUUGCGAGAAAAAACGGAAAUUCUGGAGAAAUGUGAGAAAAUGCGGGAAGAAUUAGAAGAUGUGAAGAAAUUGAGAGAUGAAAUUGAAAGCAAAUGUGAAAAAAUGACUGAAAAUGCAGAGAAAUUGAAGGAAAAAUUAGAGGAAGAAAGAAAGGUGUUUGAAAAUGAGAAACUGGAAGUUCAGAAUAGUAUUGAUGAAAAGGUUUGUGAUUAAAAAAAGGGUUUCUAUAAUUUAAAAAAAUUCUAUGAUUCAAACUCGGUCUCUGUCUCUCAAAUAUACUAAAUCGUCAGUAGCUUGAUGAAUUUUAGAUGAAAAAAGUUUUGCCCCCAGUUUAGUGCUGUAAUUUUAAUAUUUUAAGACUUCACAAUUUUAAGACGGUCACAUCACGGCCAGAAUCGUGGUUUCUAGAAGUCAGAAUUGUUCGCUAGAUUUUUACAGUACAAAAAAUCCGUAUUUAUGUAGAAUGUUUCUUUUAUUUGGGAACCACAACUCUGGCAGAAAUUAUUGUUUUCUUCAAUUUUUCACAUAUUUUAUUUUUCAGAAUCGAAAUGCGUCUCAAAGUGAAAUUUCGCUUCAAUCGAAAAUAUCUGAACUUGAGCUACAAUUGGAGAAUUUGACAAAAGCAAGAGAUGAAACUGAAAAAUCGCUAAUCGAGGAAAUAUCUGUUUUAACGAAGAAAUUGGACACAAAUGAGAAGGUAAUUAAUCAUGAAAAUAAUCACAAAAUUAUACUAUGAUUCAAUUUUUAGGUUGAAAGUUUGAUUGAAAUUGAAUCGAGUGAAAUUGGUGAAUUGAAAGAGCAAAUCGAGAAAUUGAACAAAAUCAGGGAAGAAAAUGAAAUUAAGGUAUUUUUCAAAAUAUAUUUUUAUAUGUGCUAAAUACGAGAUAUUUUUUUAGAUUCGAGAAUUUGAAUCAAAAGUUGAAAGUGAAGAAACCGAGAAAUUGUUGAUUUUGAAAGAAUCAGAAAGUUCGAAUAAAUCUGAUGAAAAUAUUGAGAAAUUGAAUGCAACACUUCAAGAAAAAGAAUCUGAAAUUGAGAGAAUUAGAGAAAAACUGUUGGAGAUUGAGAAAUCUAGAAAUGAAGAAAUCGAUAAUCUCAAAUCAGAACUAUCAGAAAUACGAUUAUCUCGAGAAUCUGAAAAUCAACAACAUAAUGAAGAUUUGGAAGAAAAGAAGAAGGAAAUUGCUCAACUUAGACAAGAAAUUGAUACAAAAGAAUUGGAAAUUCAAAAAAUGAAUUCGUCGGAAAAUGAAGAUGUUCAAAAAUUGCAAGAAAGAAUAAAUGAAUUGAAAAUUGUUGUAAAAACAUUGAAAGAUGAAUUAGAAUCGAAACAAUCGAAUGAAAGUGAAAAAGUUGAACAACUUCAAACCAAAGUAUCAAAUCUUGAAUCGGAAAUUGGAGAAUUAAAGGAAAAUAUUAGAAAGAAGGAAGAAUCACAAAGCGAAGAAAUUCAACAUAUCAAGGAUCAAGAUAAGGAAGUAAUUCGAAAACUUCAGGAAAUCAAUACAAAUUUAUUGUCGGAAAUUCAAAAAGUUCAGGAAGAUUUGAAGAAAUCGCAAGAAAAUGAAAAUGAGAAUAAGAGUUCUCUUGAAUCCGAAAAUACAAAACUUCAAGGAAUUAUUGUAGAAAAAGAUCAAGAAAUUAAUGAAUUACAUCAACAAGUUAGCGAAACUAAACAACAAUUUGAUGAUAUUCAAACAAAAUUAUCUGAUUCGAAUACUUCACAAAAUUCUGAAAAUGAACAACUUCGACGAGAAAUUGAAUUGAAGGAUUCUGAAAUUCUGAAACUAUCCGAAUCACUUCAGAAUUUGAGUUUGAGUGAGAAAGAUGAAAUUGGAAAACUGAAUGAGGAAAUCGAAAGUUUGAAAAAGAAUAUUCAAAAUAUUUCUGAGGAAAAAUUGUCAUUGGAAAAAGAAAUUCAACAGAAGGCAGAAGAAAAUACUCAACUUGCAAUUGAAAUUCAAAAAAUUACUGAAACUUUAUCAGCAAAAGAAUCUGAAGUUCAAACUCUCAAAUCAACUGGAAAUGAAGAACAUCAAAAACUCCAACAGAAAAUCGCUGAAAAUAUCAUUUCUAUGGAAUCCGAACGACAAAAAUAUCACAAUGCACAAUCUGAAAUUCAAAAGCUGAAAGAUGAAAUAACGAAAUUAGAAGAAAAUGUGAGAUUUUUUUGAAAUUUGUUUAUUUUGCUUGAAUUUCUCGCCUAACAGUUUUUUUUUAAAAUCUAACAUAACAUGUCAAAUCUUGUAGAUUCUUGGCGAACAAAAUAUCAACGAAAAAAUGCGCAUCGAAUUUAUUGCAAAGGUAAUAUUGACUGUGCAUGCAUAGCUUUGUAAUAUCAGAUUUUUCAAAAUUUGCCACGUCAUAACUUAUGUUAGGUGUUGAGUUCUGCAAUUUAGAUAGUGGAAACGUGAUCAACGGGUUGAAAAGUACUAGAAAACAUAUUCCGUGUGCAAAAUUGAAAUUUAGCCACGUCAUAGCAUUUGUGUUUUUUCUUUUUUCUACAAUUACAGUUAACUUUGAAUCCGCGACUUUUUAAACCCCUUCCCAUUUUUUAUAUUUGAAUAAUUUCCUGCUAAUUUUAAUCCUCAUAUUUUCAAUUUUUCAGGAAAAAAUCAUCAGUGAACUGCGAAACGAAAUUUCAUCGACCAACUCAAAACUCUUGAAUCUCGAAUCAAAUGGAUCUCAAGAAAUAUCAAAUCUGCAAUCAACAAUUGAAAAGCUGAAAUCGAAUAUAGAAGAAAUUGAAGGAAAAGAGAAAAGAGCACAGACAGACAGAGAUAAUGAAAAACAGGAAGAUUUGAGAUUGAGGUUAUUUAAAAUGUUAUUUUUUCAAAACAAAGGUAUUUUUUCAGAGAAACAUUUGCAAAUGAAUUGGAUAAUAUGAGAAAAAGUUUGGAAGAAAAAGAAAAUGCAUACACUGAAUUGAAAUCAAAGGCUGAGAAGAAGUUACAGAAAAUAAAAGGACAGUUUGAUCAACAAAAUUCGGAAAUUCGAAGCGAAUUGGAAGAUGUUAGACAUAAAUUAGAAUUGGAAACAAUGGAGAAAGAAGAGAUACAAAAGAAAUUGGAGGAAGAUUUGGAAAGUUUGAGGAAGUCAGAAGAAUUGAAGGAUAAAUUACAAUUAGAAGUGGACAAUUUGGAAGCUGAAGUGAAAAAGUUGAAGAUAGCAAAUGAGAAUAAAAAUGCGAAACAGGAUACAGAUUCGAGGAAAGUUGUGCGAGAAUUGCAGAAAGAAGUGAAGAAUUUGUAUGUUGAAUUAAAUGAAAAACAUGCACAAUUUGAUGAAGUUAAUGAGGAAUUGAAAAAAUUGAAAAAUGAACAAACACAGGUGAAUGGGAAAAGUGAAAAUGUUGAAGAAGAUGAUCGAAGAAGCGAAUUUUCGGUUGGUUUUUUCUCUUAUAAUGGGAAAUAUGAACAAUUUCAUUUUUUGCAGUACAAAGAAGAGAUCGCAUCUCUGAAAUCGAAAUUAGAUGCUUCGCUAAAUGAAGCAGAUGAAUUGAGAAUUCAAAUGAGUCGAAAAAGAAGAUGUGAUGAAAAAACAAACUGUUUCAAAUGUGUCGAAUGCGAAAAAAUCAACAAAAAAUGUCGAAUCUCAUGGUGGAAUUGCUGAUCCAGCUGAAGCUGAAUAUCUUCGAAAUGUUCUUUAUCGAUAUAUGACAAAUCGAGAAUCAUUGGGGAAAGAAUCUGUGGUAAGUUAGAGAUGUAUCUUUUUGAUGAUCAAAGAAAAUAUUUAAAAAAUCUGAUUUUUAAAAGUUUCUACAAAUUAAUAAUUAAUUCUGAUUUUUUUUAAAUUAGGGGAAAUUAUUUCUUCAAUAAAAAAUUUUAGUCCAAAAAAUAUUCUCAAAAUUAUUUUCUAAUUUUUUAAGGUUCAAAUUUAAACUUUUUUUUAAUGCUUCAAAAAUAAAAUACGGGUUUUCUGUUCAUAUGACGAUUAUAUUUUUGAAAUUACUAAGUUACCAUAACUAUAAUACGCUUUCGAUAUUUUCAAAAUUAAAAAAUCUUUUUAAAUUCAGCCUGAAUAAAACACAUAUCAAAUCCGCUUAUUUUUUCCAGACACUGGCACGUGUAAUUGGAACUGUUGCACGAUUCGAUGAUCAACAAAUGAGUCAAGUAAUAACAAGCGAAGAAGCUCGACAAGCAACUUGGGCAGCAGCUGUUAGUGGAACUGUUAGUCAUGCAUUGGCACGAUGA